AUGGACGAGAAGCUGAAAGAUGGGAUGAUCGAACCGAAAAAGGGCUACGACAAUGUGCACGAUCUGAGCGGACUGGGUCCGGACGGCAAAGGAAGGAAAGGCGGAAAGAGAAGAAAGUUGAGGAAGGGAAAAGAGAAGAAGAAGGAGGAGGACGAGGAAGAGAAGGAAGAGAAGAAGGAAGAGAAGAAGGAAGAGAAGAAGGAAGAGAAGAAGGAAGAGAAGAAAGAAGAGAAGAAGGAAGAGAAGAAGGAAGAGGAAGAGGGAGAGAAAAAGGAAAAAGAGAAGGAGAAAACAGAGGAAAAAGAAGAAAAGAAGGAAGAGAAAAAGGAGGAAAAGAAGGAAGAGAAAAAGGAGGAAAAGAAGGAAAAGACUGAAGAGAAGGAGGAAGAGCCCAAGAAGAAGGCCAAGAAGGAAGAGAAAGAAGAGAAGGAGAAGGAAAAGUCAAAGGAUGAAAAGGAAGAGAAAGAAAAGGAGAAAGAGAAGGAAAAGCCUAAAGAAAAGGAGAAAGAAAAAGAGAAGGAAAAGGAAAAGGAAAAGACAAAGGAAGAGGAAAAAAAAAGCGAGAAAAAGAGUGAAAAGAAGGAAGAAAAAGAGAAAGAGAAAGAGAACAAGGAGGAAAAGGAGAAGGAAAAGGAGAAGGAAAAGGAAAAGACAAAAGAUGAAAAAGAGGAGAAGACAAAGAGCAAGAAGAGCCAGGAGCCGGAGAAGAAGUCGGCCGAGAAGGUGACGGUCAAGGAGCAGCCAAAGAAGUCGACUGGUCUAGACUCGCAGUUCACUUCCUUUCUCACUAACUAUUCUGUUUACAGGACCGGCUGUUCCGCGCAGACCGCCACCGCCGAAGAAGAAGGGAUGCUGCGUCAUUCUGUGA